AUGAAGUGGCUUUUGAUAACCCUGGCCAUCGGCCUAGCAGUCUCUGAUAAACUGGACCGGACCUACCUACCACCACCUGGUGCUCAAUUUUCUGGAGGCAUCCUGGGAAGUCACGAUGCUCCAUUGGAACCACCUCAUCAUUUACAACCAGGAUUAGAAACUGCCGUAACUGAAGGGCCGCUAGGACCUCAAACCAAUAUUGGAAUAAACGGAGGACCUGUAAACUUUGGGGAUAAGAUUCCUAAAGUGCCAUUUAACUACAGUCCAGAUAAGUUCCCGACAACAACAACUUCUUACGCAUUCUCGCAGACAACAACCUACCCUCCUGCAGAAGGUUUUGAAACUACACCUUUGCCGAUAAAUCCUGUUACUGGAUUACCAAUUCAAUUGGAACAGGGUAAUAUCCCGUUUGGACCUCAAGGACAGCAGAAUAUUCAAACCCAACCAGGCUACGUUACCAAUCAAGUACCAAUCUUUGGGACAACUGUUCAGCCUGCAAUCAUUCCUGGCACAAACAACCAGUUUGCUAACCAGCCAAUAAGUCAAUAUCCGGGACAAAAUAUAAUCACACCGGGAGGUGUCGCUCAAAUACCUGGAAAAGGGUAUCAGACGUAUGAUGUUAACCAGGGUCAGGUACAAUAUCCCGGACAGGGUAUAGCAGAACAGCAAGGAACUCAAUACACUGGUGCUCCUGAUAUCAGUCAAGGCCUUAAUCAGUACCCAGGGCAAAACGUUGCUUAUGGCCUUGAGAAUAUUCCUGGAGCCACUCAAGGGUUGGUUCAAUAUCCUACCCAACAGACUUUUACUGGUCAGCCUGGAUUCACAUCAACAACUGCCGCUCCUACAAACUUACAGCCUAGUGGCAAUCAAUACGGCACAGUUAUUAAUCCUGAUGGCUCUCAAGGAACUUAUUCGGGGCAGCCGAUAAAUGUUCAAAACUUAGCGGAAGUACAAACUACCCAAUCUCCUUUCCGAAACCAAGAAUUCCUCAAUAUUGGCAGUAACCCAGCGCAGUAUCCUGCUAACAAUCAAAAUUAUGACGUAUCUGGAUCAACACCUUCGACCAUCCCAUCUAAUUACUACAACGGUGUCUCUAGCACAACUGCUCUGCCAGAAGUAACAUCAUCUGCUUCAGCCUAUCCUAUUCGAGUGUAUCGCCCAGAAAGACCACAAGCUGCUGCUGAUAGAAACGCUGUGAUCCUUAACUAUGAGAAUAUACGUACUCCAAAUGGCUACUCGUACAGUUUUGAUACUUCAAAUGUAAUACAUGCUGAUGAAAGCGGCAUCGUAGAUAACGGAACUAAAGCUCAAGGAUCGUAUUCCUACAUUGGUGAUGAUGGAAAAGAAUACAGUGUUAUUUACACUGCUGAUGAGAACGGUUUCCAGCCUCGCGGUGAUCAUCUACCUACCCCUCCUCCUAUUCCUGAAGCCAUUCAGAAGGUCAUUGAACAGGCUACCAAAGAUAAACUCGCUGGAAUAUUUGACGAUGGAUCGUAUGAUGAAGCUAAAUACGGUGACAAUAAAUAUCAAGGACCUGCAAACCGUCGCCGACCACAAAAUCAAAAACACAAGGGCAGAUUUGAUAACAAACAUCCCAAAGUUGGGCAAAAAGAUCUCGCAGUAAUAAAACCCAUAGUAGGGAUAGUGGACGACGAAUAUGAUGAAAUUAUUCCUCAAGAUCAAUUGAACAGCAACGGUCUGAUCACUGAUAGCAGAAAAAGCUCAAACGGAAAGUUACCGGCAGGUAUGAUAAAUGAUGGCUCUUCAAACAGAGGUACUAACAAAAAUAAUAUCCAGGUUACUGAGCCCACCAAAACUAUUUUGGGGAACGGUGAUGUAUUAUUAGGAAGUGUUGAUGAAUAUGGAAGGCCAGGAAACAAACAACUUGGCAGCUAUGUGAAACCAGAAUCUACCGGACGUCCUCCUUCAUCAAAUGGGAUUAUCUCGCCCGUAGAUGCGAAUGGAAAUACCGUUCAAAGUAAUGUUUCUGGAAUGAAAAAUCGUGAAGAUGUAACUAAGUACCCCGGAGCUCACGUAGAUAUCAGUGGAGAGUCGAUACCUAGUGGUUUUGGUGAAAAUGAAAGACAGGCCAAUAAUCCUAACAAACCUGGAUUUUCUGAUGGGCAGAAUAAGCAGUCUAAGUACACCAGUAGUACUGCCACUACACCGAUAGUCACCGAUACUAACCAAAUAGGGACACAAAAGAUAAAAGACGAUAAAACACCUGGUUCUGAAAGAACUGAAUAUAGUCAAAAUCGCAAUAACAUACCUCAGACGGAUACAACAUCUCAAGGAAACAACGAAACUCCUUCGAUCUCUGAUUAUAUUAACAAUGCUGAUAACGGACCAGUAAGAAACCAACAACUAACUCAACAAGAUGACAAUGGGUAUUAUUACCAGCAACCAAACACCAAAUUCGAACAGAACACGUUCCCGACACGAUUUAAUCCUCAAGAAAUAUCUUCAACUAGGAAACCAGAUCAGGGUAGAAAUGAAUACGUUAAAGGAACCACUCGCCGGCCAUUUAUAACUCCUAAUGUUUACGAUAAAAAUGAGAAUAUCAUUAAUGAGUCUCCCCAGUCUACUACACAAUCUACGAGCCGAAGACCAUUCAUGACUAUAAGAGUCACCUCACCAGCAGGUAUUUCUUACACUGAUUACGAUGAUAGUCAAGAUUAUGUAACCGAUCAAGACAUUGGUGAUGACAGAAUUUAUUCUGAUAAAACACUUCCUCAAAAGAGUGGAACUACUGCCAGACCUUCGAUUUAUCAAUCAACUCAAACAUCCAGGCCUCAAUUAACUCCAAGUGAUCAAAGCAAACGUAUCAAUCAAAAAGGUUAUGUAACUCCAGGACAAAGGACUGAAUAUUCAGAAACUGUCACGCCAGGUUAUUCCUACGAGUCGACCACACCAAUGUUUGCUCAAAAUUCUCGGUUUGGAACCACUCAAACUCCCCGAAGAAUGAAUCCUCAACAAAAUGGUUCAUUGGCUAAAGUUAUUGAAUCUACUUUUGGUGUCAUGAGGCCUGUUAGUACUCAAUCUCCUUCAGAAAGAAAGCCAUUGGACUACCAAUAUAAGACUUCAAAUGUGGGAUCUGGCUACCCAACAUCUCCCUCAACUCCUGGUUAUAAUUUGGUAUCUACAACUCCUGGAGUAACCUCGCCUCAGAACUACUACUCUUCUACAUUUAGGCCUUCUCAAGAAUACUCUACAACAUCAGUUCUACCACCAACGUCUGAAUUCACAAGGUACAAUAACAACCAAGGUUAUGGCCCGUCUUCUCGUACGUCAUUGAAACCUACGCAAAAUGAUGGUAGCUUCAACACUGGCUAUCAAUAUGGACCUCCUAAAUCUGACCAUUCUACUGAUUUAUUAAAUCGUAAUCGAUCUCAAAUUCCUGGAGCGACGCAGUCAAACGGUAAUUACCAAACCUCUUACCAACAAGGUCCCGGAGGUUUUCCGAGUACAACUACAUCAUUUCCAACAACUGGAAGUCAAGGCACUUUUAUUCCAUCUCAACCUGGAACUACUGCAACUACAUCUUUACCAUAUGGUCCUUACCAAGGACAGUACCAAAAUGGUCCUUCAACGCCAGGUUAUUCUACUAAUAUAAUAUCUUCCACACCAAGCAAAACUCCUGUUUUCCAAUAUCCUGGAUCUGGAGUAUCUAACCCUCAAGGAACUGGUCCUAAAUAUGGACCUUCAACACAGUCUUACCCUUCUUCUGAAUCACCCUCAACUACAGGCACUACUCCAGGUGCCUUCGUGCCAUCAAGAACGUCUGCCCCAGUUCAAGAUUACUCAACUACCUAUCGCCCUGGUUUCCAGACUACUAAAGACUCAUUUGUAGGCGGUCCUACAGUUGAUGGCUUCGGCAGACCAAUUACAACUGACCAAGGUGGUUCUUACCCUGGAUUCUCACAGACUACACAAGGACCAAGUACAAUAAGACCUAACUAUGGAGGCACUGGGUCGACCUCAUAUCCAGAAACUUAUGUUAAGACUAAGGUUAUUGGAGAAGACUUCAGCGGACCGAAACAACAGCAAAGGUUCGAUCCAAAGACAGGUUAUCAUUAUUAA